GGGGGCGUGGCCCAGUCGGGGUGUCCCGGGAGCAGCACGUGGAGGCUGCCGGUGUCCGUCUGCUCGUGCCGGGGGGUGGGAGUCGCGCGCGCGCCGCCGCCAUGCAAGAGCCGGAGCAGCCCGACGGGGGGGCCUCGGGCGAGCCCGAGUGGAACAUCCCGCCCAACGCGCCCGCCUGCAUGGAGCGCCACCUGGACGGGGCCCACUACCGCCCAGAUGGAGCUCUUCUCCUGGGUGCUUCUAGCUUGAGUGGACGUUGUUGGGUGGGUUCCAUUUGGGUAUUUAAGGAUCCAGAACGGGCCCCUAAUGAAGGCUUUUGCUCUGCUGGGGUUCAGACGGAAGCAGGCGUAGCGGAUCUGAAAUGGGUAGCGGAUAAAGGAAUACUAGUGGCCUCAGAUUCUGGUGCUGUGGAGCUCUGGGAGUUGGAUGAGAACGAAACUCUAAUAGUGAACAAGUUUUGUAAAUAUGAGCAUGACGACAUUGUGACAACAGUGAGCGUUUUCACUAACGCCACUCAGGCGGUUAGUGGCAGCAAAGACUUCUGCGUGAAGGUUUGGGACAUCCCACAGCAAACAGUGCUGCACUCUUACAGAGCUCAUUCCAGCCCAGUGACAUGUGUGGCCUCUUGUCCUGGUAAGGAUACCGUGUUCCUGUCCUGUGCUGAGGAUGACAGAAUUUUACUGUGGGAUACCAGAUGCCCCAAACCAGCUACUCGAAUCGUUUGCAGUGCCUCUGCUUACCUCCCUACCUCAGUUAUGUGGCAUCCAGAGCAAAGUGACACAUUUGUUUUGGGUGAUGAAAACGGGACAGUUGCUCUUGUAGACACGAAGAACCCAGACUCCGCUCUAAGUUCAGUAGUGCACUCCCAAACCAUCACUGGGUUUGCAUUUUCUACACACAGUUCGCCCCUUCUGGCUUCAAUUAGUGAAGACUGCUCAGUAGCUGUUCUUGACUCUAGCCUUUCAGAGGUUUUCAGAAGUCGCUCUCAUCGAGACUUUGUGAGAGGCCUAUCGUGGUCUCCCUUGAACAAGGCCUUGCUCUCUACAGUUGGAUGGGACCAUCAAGUUUUACACCACACAGUUCCAACACAGACUACUGAAGCUGCUGGGAGCAACAGUGUACAUGACUAGUUUUAUAAACUCACUGGUCCAGAUUUAUCCCCGGUAUAACUCCACGUGUUAUGCACCAGGGAUGUCUAUGGCCCAUUGCCUGUCUCAGAACUUAUGGCUUGCAACCAAGAAGGCAGGUCCUGUAGCAACUUUGCAUUAGGCACGAGCUAAUUACAAAAACAGCCCCUUGAUGUAGAGUCCAGAUUCACCUGUGAUAAAGCUUUAACAUGUUGCACCAGAGAAUUCUGAUUUCAGGCACAAGGAAUUGCAGGGAAGUGGGCAAUUAGGUAAAAAUAAAUAAAUAAAACCAUAAAGGGUUUGGCUUUUAUUCUUCUUGGCAUAUCAAACCACUUACAGAAGUAGCAGAAUAGAAUUCUCCUGCCAGUUAAAAAGUUUGGCAGUCUUGUGGGGGCCUUGCCUGAGUUGGGAUUAUGGAACAAUGAGAUUAAGAGCAAUGUAAAUUAACCCUGACAGAUGAACAGGAAACCUUGGUUCAAUAUUUAUAGCACAGAAAGGCUCCACCAUUACUGUCAUUCAUGCAACCUCCAGUGCAGUUAAGGAUGCUCUAUCUUCCCUCUGAGUGUGUGAAUCCCAUAUGCAGGCACAGAAUCUGCUAGUCUAUACUUCUGUCCUGUGAAUGGACAUCUGAACGUUCAGAUAGUCAAUAAGAGAGAAGAUGGAGAUCUGUGCUGUUCAGCAGGAAUGCCAAGCGCAGCUCCCACAGUUGUCCAGUGCAGCCUUUGAGUGCUUUCAUGGUGAAGUAUUAUCUAGGGAGAACUAUGAUCUGGGCUCUCCAGGAUGCGUGUCUAUAUCAAAGAUGUUUGUAGUUUAGUUGGCUGCAUUAUAUUUGACACUAAGGGCAUGUCUACACCCUCCGGAGCGAUCAAUCCAGCAGGGGUCGAUUUAUUGCGUCUAAUGAAGACGCGAU